AUGUAUGCUACUACAAUGUGGUUUAAGAAGUUCUACGGAGUCCCAGACUCUUCUGCUAUUACUGUCUCGUCUGUAUCAGAGGAUGGAGUCUACGAUUUGUUUUCCGAUGAUGGUUCCGAUCCGCUUCCAGCCGAGUUCGAUAACCCAGAGCAAGUUAAAAUGUUUCCUCAAGAAGACUUAAAUGAUUUCAGUAAUAACUGAGUCAAAUCUAAUGUCUUUUCUUUAGCUACGAUGAGAUCUCGGAAGCUGAAGCAAUAGCCUUCGAGGCUGGCGAUUACACCCCAAACGGCUGGCUAGAAAACAAGAAGCUUAGAAUACUUCCGCUCGGAGGUAUAAUCCCUCCUUCCUGUUUCAAGUCACUAUACAUCUAACCGCGCCCAUAAAUUCAAUCACUUUUGGCUUUCAAAGCUCCGAUGGCAAUGGAUACCGAGAAGAUCUAUUGACCAUACUCACAGGUGUAAAGAAUAGCGUUGAGAUGAUCGGGUCUGUGCGAGCUGGAUCAGUGGCCAACAAUGCAAAUGAAGGCUACAGCGGGGUGACAAUCGAUCAGAUUGCUUCCUACACAAGCGCUUAUGGGCAGCGACCCAAUGUCAUUCUACUCCACGCAGGCACAAAUGACAUGAACCUGCCUUUAGAUCCAGCUUCCGCUCCCCAGCGUCUCGACUCGCUUGUUGGGAAAUUGGUUAGUGCUUGUCCAGAUGCUACAAUCAUCGUUGCAAGGAUCAUUCCAUCUACGAAUAGUGGCACGUCGACUUUGAUUCCACCAUAUAACAAGGCCAUCAUAGAAUUAAUGGCAAAACGAGCGAUCAACGGGCAACAUGUUAUUGUCGUUGACAUGCCUUCCGGGCUCCAAACCGGGGAUUUGGCUGACGGUCUACAUCCAAACGAUGGGGGAUAUAAUAAGAUGGCAAUCAAGUGGGCCAUUGAAUUAACGGCAGCCAAUUCAAUCGGUUGGAUCAAGGACCCGGUAAUCGGUUCCGGAAAUACUGUAGCAACAUGCGACCAUGAUCCAAUUUGGUUUCCCCAAGGUGAGAUAGCGAAUGGAGCUGGCUUAGGGAGUAAUGUUUUCCUGCCUGGAAGUUGCGCACUGAAGUAAGUCUAUUCAAAAUCCACAUUGCAUAUAUCGAGCGAAGCCUAAAUCUUCAAAAUAGUGAAAUAUCCGGUCUCUGCGACUGUAGGUCGAAAGAUGUACCGUUGACACGAGAAUUGAAGGAAUCGACUAAUAAAUGUGACUUGUUAAUGAAGGACCUUGUUCCUACUACCGCAGUCCACUUUGCCGAUCUAAAUGGAGACGGGAGGGCUGAAUAUUUGCAUGUUGACAAUGCUGGGGCAGUGACAGCAUUCCUUAAUCUUGGAAGCCCGAAUGGAGGAUCUGAUGCAGCCAAAGUUUCCUGGCUUCCCCAAGGCAAAAUCGCCACCGGGGUGGGAGCGACCCGUGGAGGUGUACAUUUCGCUGAUAUCGACGGUGAUGGACGAGCAGAUUACCUCUGGGUCCACGAUGACGGAAGUGUCGACUGCUGGCUCAACCUAGGCGGCCCUGACAAUCGUGCGAAUGCUGCGAAGGUUUCUUGGCUACCGCAAGGUGCCAUCGCAACUGGAAUAGUCAAAGAUGGAGCAGGUGUAAGGUUCGCUGAUAUCAAUGGUGAUGGUAGGGCAGAAUAUCUCUAUGUCAACACUGAUGGUUCUGUAGAAGCUUAUCUCAACUUGGGUGGACCUGAUAAGGGAGCGAACGCAGCUAAGGUUGCUUGGUCGCCACAGGGAACUAUCGCAACUGGUAUGGGGAUGGGUAGAGACAAUGUUGUCUUUACCGACAUUAACGGCGACAAGAGGGCUGAUUAUCUCGCUGUUUCAAGGACCGAUGGGAGUGUUCAGCUGUACUUGAACGCAGGUGCACCUAACAAUGGUAAUGGUGCAAAUGUGGUGUGGUUGCCGCAUGGUACGAUUGCUACCGGUGUCGGAAACGAUGGAAAAGGGAUACAAUUUGCUGACUUGAAUGGAGAUGGAAGAGCAGAAUAUAUCGACGUGGCGUAUGAUACCUCGGCAGUUACCGCUUGGUUGAACGGUUGCUAG